CUGCGCCGUGCUGGCGCCUCCUGUCGACAGUUAUGAGCCACUACCGGCUGCACUGAGCUGCAGAGAGGGAGCAGAGAGAAGAAGAGAAGAGAAGAGAGCAGAGAGGGGGCAUUCUCAGAUUUCCCGAUUUCUCCCAGCCGAGUCCACAUCACGGCCGACAGCAAACCGAGACGACGACGACGACACCAGCAGCUUCUUCUCCUUCAACCCUGCAAACCGAACCGAACCGGACCGGACCGUGCUGUGCUGCUCUGUCUCCCCAAAAAACAUCCACCUAACCCUCCACCAAGGUGAGGAGAUUGUGUUCCCGAGGGAAUGGUGCUGCUGAGAUGACCUGCGUGACAUUGCUUUUCUCAAGAGAUCAUUCUCCAAUCAAAAGAGCGGAGCGGAAUCUAACCGGGACAUGGUUGGCGGGUUCGCAUGAUGGACAGGUGAUGGAGUCUUCCAUCAUCUUUCUCCACCAGUGACUCGGCCUGCCAGCCCUCCCUCUGAGGCACAAGUGUAUACCAGCGGUCCAAGGCCCCCUAUUUCUCUGCCAUGGUGACAUAAGCAGCGCUGCAAUAUGAGGGAGAGCCUACGUGAGACCGUCUCAUUUCUUUCUCCAGUAGCUGCCGCAGCCGCUACCUUGACGCCGUUCGUGUUUAGCUCGAUAACGAGACUGACUUCGUCUUGAGCGAUUCCCACGCUCGCUGUUUUUUCUACCCGCAACCCGAGAGAGAGACUGUCCCUGGGCUGCUGGGGCGGAGCGGUGUGGCUGCGAGACGAUGCUGGGAUGCGUGACGCGCCUCCGUCGGCUGGUCCGUCUCCUCCCCCUGCAGACCUCCCUCCUCCUCCUCUUCAUCUUCUGCACCGUCAGCGUCUUCAUCUCCGCGUACUUCCUCUAUGGCGUCAAGCGGGAGCUGGAGCCGUCGGGAGGGGGCGUGUCCGGGGCCGAGGGGGCGUCCGCCGACUCCGACGACCCGAGGGUCACUCCGUCUCGGCUGCUGCCUCUGCGGGGCGUCUCGGGGGGCCCCGGGGUGGAUCCCGGAGGGGCCAGGACAGAUCCUGUGGUUCUGGUGUUUGUGGAGAGCCAGUAUUCUCAACUGGGUCAGGAGAUCGUGGCCAUCCUGGAGUCUGGCCGCUUCAGGUACCGGACGGAGAUCUCUCCCGGUAAAGGGGACAUGCCCACGCUGACAGACAAAGAGAGAGGCCGUUUCACACUGGUGAUUUACGAGAACAUUCUCAAGUAUGUUAACUUGGACGCCUGGAACCGAGAGCUGCUGGACAAAUACUGUGUGGAAUAUGGAGUGGGCAUCAUUGGCUUCUUCAAGGCCAAUGAAAACAGUCUGCUCAGUGCACAGCUGAAAGGCUUCCCCCUCUUCCUGCACUCUAACUUGGGUCUGAAGGACUGCACCGUCAACCCCAAGUCUCCCCUGCUCUUCAUCACUCGAUCUGGUCAGCCCCUGCCAGGUCCCCUCCCCGGGGACGACUGGACCGUCUUCCAGUCCAACCACUCGACGUACGAGCCCGUGUUGCUGGCCAAGACCCAAUCGGCCGAGAGCGUUGCGUCGAUGGGGCAGAACGCCGCUCUGCUCCCAUCGGUGGUGCAGGACCUGGGGCUCCACGACGGCAUCCAGAGGGUCCUGUUCGGCAACAACUUGGUGUUCUGGUUGCACAAGCUGGUGUUCGUGGACGCCGUGGCCUUUCUGACCGGGAAGAGGCUCUCGCUGUCCCUGGAGCGCUACGUCCUGGUGGAUAUAGAUGACAUCUUUGUGGGCAAAGAGGGCACACGCAUGAAGGUGCCUGACGUAAAGGCCCUGCUGGAGACACAAAGGGAGCUGCGCACCCAUGUGCCCAACUUCACCUUCAAUCUGGGCUUCUCAGGGAAAUUCUUUCACGCCGGAUCCGAUGAGGAGGACCUGGGAGACGACCUGCUGCUUUCCUACGUGAAGGAGUUCUGGUGGUUCCCUCACAUGUGGAGCCACAUGCAGCCCCAUCUAUUCCACAACCAGUCCGUGCUGGCCGAGCAGAUGUUGCUCAAUAAGAAAUUUGCCAUGGAGCACGGGAUCCCCACUAACAUGGGCUACGCAGUGGCGCCCCACCACUCCGGCGUCUACCCCGUGCACAUGCAGCUGUACGACGCCUGGAAGAAGGUGUGGGGCAUCAAGGUGACCAGCACGGAGGAGUACCCGCACCUGAAGCCUGCCCGCUUCCGGCGAGGUUUCAUCCACAGCGGCAUUAGCGUGCUGCCCAGGCAGACGUGCGGUCUUUUCACACACACCAUCUUCUAUAAAGACUACCCAGGCAGUCCCAACGAACUGGACAAGCUCAUCAACGGAGGAGAACUCUUCCUCACCGUUUUGCUGAACCCUAUCAGUAUCUUCAUGACUCAUCUGUCCAACUACGGGAACGACCGGCUGGGCCUGUACACCUUUAAGAGCCUGGUGAUGUUCCUCCAGACAUGGACCAACCUGAAGAUGCAGACGCUGCCUCCCAUCCAGCUCGCUCAGAAGUACUUCAGCCUGUUCCCCUCCGAGAGAGAUCCACUCUGGCAGGAUCCUUGUGAGGACAAAAGGCACAAGGACAUCUGGUCCAAAGAGAAAACAUGUGACCGCUUCCCCAAACUGCUCGUCAUCGGGCCUCAGAAGACAGGGACGACGGCGCUCUACUUGUUUCUUGGCAUGCACCCUGACCUGACCAGUAACUACCCCAGCAAGGAGACCUUUGAGGAGAUCCAGUUCUUCAAUGGGCACAACUACCACAGAGGCAUCGACUGGUAUAUGGAGUACUUCCCGCUGCCCUCCAACACCAGUUCAGACUACUACUUUGAGAAGAGUGCCAACUACUUUGACUCUGAGGUGGCGGCUCAGAGGGCUGCAGCUCUCCUUCCCAAAGCCAAGAUCGUCACCAUCCUCAUCAACCCGGCAGACAGAGCUUACUCUUGGUACCAGCACCAAAGAGCCCACGAUGACCCGGUGGCGUUGAAAUACUCCUUCCACAACGUCAUCACCGCGGGCCACGACGCUCCGGUCAAACUACGGGUCCUCCAGAAUCGCUGUCUGGUGCCGGGCUGGUACGCCAUCCACCUGGAGCGCUGGCUCAACUUCUACCACUCCAGCCAGUUGUUGGUGUUGGAUGGACAGAUGCUGAAGACUGAGCCUGCUGCAAUCAUGGAUAAAAUCCAGAAGUAUCUGGCCCUGGUCAACGUCAUCAACUACCACAAGAUCCUAGCGUUCGACCCUAAGAAAGGCUUCUGGUGUCAGCUGCUGGAGGGAGGGAAGACCAAGUGUUUGGGAAAGAGUAAAGGACGCAGGUACCCUGACAUGGACCCCGAGUCCCAGGGCUUCCUCAGGGAGUACUAUCGGGAUCACAACAUCGAGCUGUCCAAGCUGCUCUACAGGAUGGGUCAGCCGCUGCCCAGCUGGCUCCGAGAAGAGCUGGUCCACACCAGGUAGCAGCACCACAGCUGGGGAGUCCACAGCUCCACACACUGAACUCCACCCCGCAGCCGGGGGACUCUGGCCCGAGCGGCCUGGAAAUGUUGGAAGAUCCCACAUAGUUUUGAAAGCAACUGAAAUAUAUCCAAGUGUGAGGACGGGGAUGCCCAACCAGAACUCAAAACUUAACUGUGAUCUUCUCAAGUGAACGGUGGAUGAUGAGCAAAGAAGAGUUGCUUUCAGCAGCUGAUAGCGCUCCCUGCUGUUACUCCCCUGCAGGACAAACCAGGACCACAGACAGACGCCCCCCCUAAACGCCGGCAUUUGCUGUGUCCUGCAGAAGAAGGAAAGGCUCACAGGAGGUGCACAGGAGGGACCUUGAUAAUCACAUCCCCGCUCUCCUUAAUCAGACCUUUGUUGUCUUCGCAUGAACUUCAUCUUGAAAAUCAAAGGAAGGAAAAAAAAACGAGCAGUUUUCACAGCUCUGGUGGAAACAGGUGGAAGAGAUGAGCAUCACCUGUGUCUCCAGCUAUGAGUGACUCAAAUGGAUGAUUGACAAGAGAGAGACAUUGGUGGCACCAUGCCUUUGACAUAAAAUAAGUGUUUGUGAGAGAUGGAGAACGGGACAUCUGGAGUCUUGACUCAGGCUGCAUGUUGUAGCCUUCCUCGAUAGGCCUUGGUAGAAUCUAGUUAUCACAUUUACAAGUGCCAGGACGUCAAAAUAUUACCACGUGGACUUCUGAGGGGUUCUUUUUGUUUUUAAGUUUUCUUUUUCUCCGUUUUUAACGUUUCUAUAACGCUGACGGCAAUGCAUUAUUGUAGAAUGUACCAAAACUAAACAUCUUAGCUCCCGUUUUUCUCACGUAGGCGGCCGGAUGUACAGAAAGAUUUAAAGGUUUUUGUUUAAACAGUUCCGCGACCACGUUCCGUCGGCUCGAGCGGGAACAGUAGGAUAGAUGUUGAAAGCACAAUAUUUAAGUGAACAUCGAGUCUGAACAUACAGGUUACUGGAAAGCACACUAACACACAAUGGAUCCUACUACAAUCUGUGAAGAAAAAAAAGAUCAUAAGCUAGCUACUGUAUGUUUUAAUUAAACACUCUGGUCAGAAAUAGUGUACAGAACAAGAUUUCAAAUCUGUUUUUCAGCAUCGGACUUUAUUUUUUGUUGUCAAAACUGUAUAUUUUGUCUUUUGUUUUCAUUUCAUUAUAUUAGAUGAUUUUUUUAAGUUUGGGGAGGAUAUAAAAAAAAAAAAGCUGUCUCUGGGAAAAACCCGUUUAAAAGUUGCCAGGCGAACCAACAACAGUAUGCCCAGUGAGACCACACGGACGUCGAGGUGUUACCACUGCAACUAGAUGUCAAGCAUAGAUAACAAAAAGCUGCUCUUAUUGCAAUAGUUUUGUACAAUGUUCUGAUGUAAUAACAAUGCACAUGUUGGUCCUUUUUAUUUCCUGACUUUGUAAUGUACAUAAUAAUGCAGCCCCCUCGGUAAGACCUAAAUUAUUGAAUGUGUUUGGGUUUUACGCUCUCUCCAUCGGCCCAUUCCCGUAGUGUGAAACGUCAGUGCUGUGCUGAGGGGAGUUUUGGGUUACUCGCACCGUGCGGAGGGCGUGUCGCUAAGAUUGUUUCCUCUCAUUCCUCUCACUGCCAACUAUUGUACACAGGUUCUCUCCAUAUAAAGUAUUAAGUGAUAACACAUAACAGCAAUGAUGGUACUAAUCUCCUGGACUGUAUGAUAAAGAUUUGUAAUUGUUGUCAAUAAUUUUUACAGUGUAACUAAUAUUGUCGGUGCUUUUUAAUUUGCAAAUAAAACACCACUGUAUUUUUCAAUA